UAAAGAACAUUUUAUAGUUACAAGUCCUGUACAAUGUAGUUUUAUCAGUUUGAACUAAUUACUUUUUUUAGAAUGCAGGAAGUCCAUGGACAAAAAGCUUACAGAGCUUAUUGAAAAAAAGCAAGCUAAUGCUGAUACUGGUUUGGACAAUACGGUCAAUGCCAAUAGAAUUGAUAGACCUGCCUUGGCAGAGACCACACCUGGACAUACACCCAACAGAAAAAGAAAACAAACAACAAAUGUGGGAGUAAAGCAAACAAGAACAAAAAAAAAGAAAGAUACAUGUGGUAAAACUGUCAAAAAAUCUAAAGGUGCCGAAAACCACGACAGUGAUGAUGAGGAAAAUGAUGGAAAUUCACCUGCUGUCACAAGAGAAGCUAUAAAAACAGCAGUUGAUUCACUUCUUAGAAGUCGGAAUGAAAAAAAUCAUAUCACCACACCACCACUUGUUGCAGCCAAACCUCAACAGACCUCAUAUGAGGAUGAUUCCCAGAGAGUUCAACAACAACCUUAUGAAAAUCAGUCACAUGUACCACAUCCUCAGAUAUCGCAACAACAUCCGUCCCACCAACCUGUUCAACAACCAGUCUCUAUUCAUAAGGAGCUACACUUACCAGUAACUCCACAACUUUCACAACAAAAUGAGUCAUGUGUACCACAUCCUCAGAUAUCGCAACAACAUCUGUCGCACCAACCUGUUCAGCAACCAAUCUCUAUUCAUAAGGAGCUACACUUACCAGUAACUCCACAACUUCCACAACAAAAUGAGUCAUGUGUACCAGUCACUCAACUGUCUCAGCAAAAUGAAUGGCAUGAUAUACCACUUCAUCAACAAAUGUCUCAGCAAAAUCCAUCAAUGCAAAUACCACUUCAUCAAUUAUCCCCUCAACAAAGUCAUCUUUACCAGUUCCUAAACAACUUUUUCAACAAAAUCAGUCGCAACAAUUAUAUCCUUAUAAUUCAAACAUGUUUAACCAGCCAAGUACAUCAAAUGGACAGAACUCCUUUCCAUACAUGAGUAUGCUCAUGAACAACAAUGACCAUCAAUUUCAGCAGGACAUACAAGUACCACCAAUUAGACAAAGCCUAGAGACUGCAUAUAAUUGGCCAAUCUCCAGCCAUACCAGUUCCUUCUGUGAAAGUGGGACUUCUUUUGAACCUUUGAUAGAACAGGUCAUAAGUGAUGAUGAGAAGGAAGAUACUGAUGAUCAAAGUCAAUGUCACAAAUGCUGUGACCAACUUAAAUAUUUAAAAAAAGAAAUAAAAGAACUGAAAAAGGACGUUGAAAAACUAAAAAAGAAGUCUAAGAAAAACCAAUCUUCUGACCUUAAAGAUGCAGAUAUAGAUAACAACCAUCAAGAGAACAAUAUGGUUAAUGGAUAUACAAAGGAUGAAAUUGAAAUAACAGUCAGAUCCAGAUCUGAUGUGACACAGGCUGUUAAGGCAACAAUGCCAAUGGUUUUCAAUGAAGAUGAAUUGAGGAGUUGCAGCCUAUUAGGCCAAAAAAAAAUUACAAAAACAGAUGACCCAAGACCUGGCCUUGAUGAAACCAAAAGAAGUUUCUUAGAAGAUUUAAUAGCCAAGGCCUAUACUGUGGCAAUAAAGGAAGUAAGAGGGAAAAUGAGGGACAGGCUCAAGAUGUUUGCCAGGAAAUAGGACAGGAGAUUUUUUCUAUCUUACAUGUCUUAACAUAAUUGUGACAAAAAUUAACAUUGACAUUUUCAUUUUCAUUAUCCGUCAUUGUUGUCAGUAUUUCAUAAUGGAAUUAUACAUAUCAAUGAGU